UAUGCUUAUUUAUAUUCUAUGGGUAUGAGCUUCAACUCAUUGGCAGAGUAACAGAUUUGACAUCUUUCAGUGAUCUAAAAUGGGUAAAGUAGGUAAAGUUAUGAUAUGUGGUAUGAAAGGCGUAGGAAAAACUGCAAUUCUUGAGCAACUUAUUUAUGGCAAUGUUUCACCAGAAACCACAAUUCAUUCGACAGUAGAAGAUACUUAUAUUGCCAGUAUUGAUACAGGACGAGGUCCAAGAGAAACACUUAGAAUAUUUGACACUGCAGGAAUCCAAUCCUCAAGUCAAAUACCGAAACAUUAUCUUUUGUUUCCUGAUGCAUAUGUAUUGGUAUACGAUCCUAGCCACCCUGAAAGCUUUGACAUCAUUGCAAGUAUAAAAAGUGAAAUUGACAAAAAUAAAGAUAAAAAAGAGGUGGUGAUAACAGUUUUAUCAAAUAUGCAUACCUCAUCAAUUCAACCAAAUGAUACAACAAAUUCCAAUUCACCUAAUAAAAGUGAAAAACUGCCAGCCCAUGUAGAAACUGUUAUAACAAAAGCUAAUACUUGGUCUGCAAAAGAAAGAGUAAGACAUUGUGUUGUGAAUGCCAUGCAAAGGAGUACUCUAUAUGAUCCAUUUAUUAAUUUAGCUAUAAAACUAUAUCCUCCAACAAACAAAAGUACAUUUCCACUUGGAAAACUAUCAAAAGUAAAAAUUGAUUCUCAUAGCUGAUUAAAUGAAAUUAUUUGUUCACCUUAUA